GGGAAGUUGGCUGGCUCUCAAGGCAGAGUCUCUUCUCAAAGGCUGUUUCACAGUGAAAAUAUGCUCAGUGCAGUCGAGUGCAUGAAUGAAAAAGCCUCUGGUACCUUCUAGUCUGGCAAAAUGCAGCACAAAACUCAACUUACUCUGUCCUUUCUGCUGUCCCAGGUUCUGCUGCUUGCACAUGCAGAAGAUUUAGAAUGUGUCCCUGGAUUCCAGCAGAAGGUUUUGUAUAUUGAACAGCCAUUUGAAUUCACAGAGGACCAGCCAGUCCUGAACUUGGAAUUUGAUGACUGCAAAGGGAAUAACAAAUUGAACUUCGAAGUUUCUAACCCAGACUUUAAAGUGGAACGUGAUGGGUCUUUAGUUGCACUAAAGAAUAUAUCAGAAGCUGUCAGAGCCUUGUUUGUCCACGCGCGGUCUGAGCAUGCUGAGGAUAUGGCAGAAAUUUUGAUUGGUGGAGCACAUGAAAAACAUGGUGCAUUAAAGGAAAUCUUUAAGAUAGAAGGCAACCUUGGAAUUCCAAGACAAAAAAGGGCUAUUUUGGCAACUCCGAUAUUAAUUCCUGAAAACCAAAGACCGCCAUUCCCCAGAUCCGUUGGCAAGGUCAUCAGCAGCGAAGGGACAGAGGGAGCAAAGUUUCGACUCUCUGGUAAAGGAGUAGAUCAAGACCCGAAAGGAAUCUUUAGAAUCAAUGAGAUCACUGGGGAUGUCUCUGUGACCCGAGCCCUUGACAGAGAAGCAAUUGCCAGUUAUGAGCUUGAAGUUGAGGUGACAGAUAUAAAUGGGAAAACCAUUGAUGGUCCCGUCCGCCUGGAUAUUUCCGUUAUUGAUCAAAACGAUAACAGGCCCAUGUUCAAAGAAGGACCGUAUGUGGGUCAUGUCAUGGAGGGAUCCCCUACAGGAACGACUGUGAUGCGUAUGACAGCAUUUGAUGCAGAUGAUUCUAGCACAGACAAUGCUCUCCUGCGCUAUAACAUCCUCAAGCAGACACCUACCAAACCAUCUCCAAAUAUGUUCUAUAUUGACCCAGAAAAGGGAGAUAUUGUUACAGUGGUGUCACCUGUACUGCUAGAUCGUGAGACUAUGGAAACGCCCAAAUAUGAGCUAGUUAUAGAAGCUAAGGAUAUGGGUGGUCUUGACGUGGGACUAACUGGCACAGCAACUGCCACAAUUCUGAUUGAUGAUAAAAAUGACCAUCCACCAGAAUUUACCAAGAAGGAGUUUCAAGCCACGGUAAAGGAGGGAGUCACAGGUGUAAUAGUAAACUUAACUGUCGGUGACAAAGAUGACCCAGCAACUGGUGCAUGGAGAGCUGUCUACACCAUUAUUAAUGGAAAUCCAGGACAGAGUUUUGAAAUCCACACCAAUCCCCAGACAAAUGAGGGAAUGCUCUCUGUUGUUAAACCUUUAGAUUAUGAAAUUUCAGCGUUUCACACGUUGCUGAUCAAAGUAGAAAAUGAAGACCCACUGAUUCCAGACAUAGCCUAUGGCCCCAGUUCCACGGCAACAGUUCAGAUCACUGUCGAGGAUGUGAAUGAAGGCCCAGUUUUCCACCCAAACCCAAUGGCAGUGACAAAACAAGAAAACAUCCCUAUUGGCAGUGUCGUAUUGACGGUAAACGCCACCGAUCCAGACACUUUGCAACAUCAGACUAUUAGGUAUUCGGUUUACAAGGAUCCAGCAGGCUGGCUAGAAAUUAACCCUACCAAUGGUACCAUUGGCACCACUGCUGUCUUGGACCGAGAAUCUCCUUACGUACAGGAUGACAAAUACACUGCUCUUUUUCUGGCAAUAGACAGUGGUAACCCUCCCGCUACAGGUACAGGAACUUUACACAUUACCUUGGAGGAUGUCAAUGACAACGUCCCAUCCCUUUAUCCAACACUGGCAAAAGUAUGUGAUGAUGCAAAAGACCUUAGAGUAGUGGUAUUAGGAGCAUCAGACAAAGACCUUCAUCCUAACACAGAUCCAUUCAAAUUUGAACUGAGUAAGCAAUCUGGCCCAGAAAAACUGUGGAGAAUCACAAAGAUUAACAAUACUCAUGCCCAGGUCAUCCUGCUUCAAAACCUGAAAAAGGCCAAUUAUAACAUCCCAAUCUCAGUGACAGAUUCUGGAAAACCACCUCUGACUAACAACACAGAACUGAAAUUACAAGUGUGCUCCUGCAAGAAAUCCAAAAUGGACUGCAGUGCAACUGAUGCCCUUCACAUCAGCAUGACCCUUAUCCUUCUUUCACUCAUCAGUUUAUUUUGUCUGUAAGAACUCCUGACAUUUGAAGCUGUCCUACUGAGUUGCCAUGGCAACGAGAAAAAAGAAAACGUCAGAUCUGAAGAUUGCAGUUUACAGUUACUGUUCUUCACUACUAGGCCUCAGUUGCUCCAGAUUCAGUUUAAUUUGCAAUCUCAUUUAAUCCGUCAGACUCUACAUUGGUGUUUGACAGCCUCUACCCCAGCUUCUGUUUAUUAAUGGAUUCCUCUUGUGAGACGCAAGGUUUAUGCGAAUUUUCUCAGAAUGUUAAAAGACCACGACAUGUAAACUGGACCUUGGGGGAGCAGAAAACAGAUUGACUCCAUUUUUUUCUAUCUGUUGACUUGUUGCUAUUCAACUGUUCAGAAAAUAUUUUGUCUGUGGGUUAGUAUUUGUAUAUGUAUGAGUGUAUGUAUAUAUAUAUAGAUUUAUAUAGAGAGAAGAGUUAUACGACAGGUUUAGCUUUUAUAAAAUAUUCAUCUGGAACGUGCAAGGAACAAAGAAUAAUACAGCCACAGAUGAAUCGUAACUAUUCUACCACAGCUAAACCUACUGUAUUUACUGUUUAUCGUGUGGCCAGAAGGAGAGAGCCUAUUGCAAUCAUAUCGCUACAACAGCCACUUUGUUGACACCAAAUAAAGCAGACCCAGGGCUCUGCAGUUUCACUUCUUGUACCUCAGGUUCAGCAAACAAGAACCACAAGUCCCCCUGGCUUGUUUCUGACCCAUCCAAAUGGAAUUUACGAUCCAGCAGGAGCGCAGUGUUUCGCUCCCUAUUUCAGUGGGAGCAGCGCUGGGAGGUUUGGCGAAGCUCUGAUUUGUGAGCGAGUGGGAAGCAACCAGCCGUGACCAGCAUUGCACGGGCCACGAUUUACACCGUUGGGAGCGCUGGGCUCGAUUCUAAAGGGGCUAAAGUCAGCUUUCUUUAUAUUUGUGCUGAUAAUUAUUUGCUGGGACAGUUUACAAAAAUUAAGUCUUUCAUCAGCUCUGCGGACACAGUUAAGUUGGUAGAUGUCUGCGUAUAGGAAGCUGAUUAGAAGAGGAAAAGCAACGUAUUUCUCAGAAGCACUGGUCUCUCUCUCAGCCUCUAUGCAUCUGCCAUUACAUAAGUGCAAGGAGGAAAACAGAUGCCCUGUUAUAUAAAUAUAUUCACACAAAUAUAUAUAGUGUUGAAUAUAUAUAUACAUACAUACACACGUACACAGUUUCCAGUUAAGAGUAACAAGAGCGUUUCUUUGUGUGUGUAAAAUUACCACACUUGUUUGCAGACUUGGGAAAAAAAAGGGUGUUCAUUAUAUAUGAAUAAGAAUCCUUUUUUAUUCUGUGAGCAUGUAAGGUUAAAAAAGCCCUUCUAACUGUAUCAAGAUGAUCAUCUUGUUUAUAAAUUGUAAAUGAUCCAUCAAAGCUCACACCAAAUUUUUAUAAAAUUAACACAAAAAGUAUACUAGUGACAGACUGUGGCUUUUAUUAGAGCUUGCCAGUAACUAGGGUAAGUGUCUUAGAAUAUUUUAAUAAACUUGCUUAUUUAAAGUUUAAACAAGCUUCCUUAUGCAAUAGAACUUUGCAGCUGCAUUCUUUAGUUAGCAUUUUUACAGUACUUAUGAGUCAUGCUGUAUGUUGUCUUUACUACAGUGAGAUUAUGAGCAUAUCUUCCACACCACAUAUAUUUUUCAAUAGUAAAGCUUUUUGGAAGCAUUAAAAAGUCCAAACAUACAUUUAGUUUUUCAUAUUGCUACACUAGAUAUUAAAUGUGUGUUGGUGGUUAAAAAUUGCUGUACAAUAGCUUUUCUCUGACUUCCUGUAUUGUACCAAAUAUGAAACAGGCUUUUGUUUUUUGGGUUUUUUUUUUUAAUCAAAAGAAGUAAUAACAACAGCAACAGAGGAAAAAUUAGUUUGUGUUGUGAACUUUCCUAAGGUUGUAGAUUUCUUGAUAAGAUACAAGCUGCCUUCUGACAGAAACCUAUUUUUCUCUUCCAGCUUAACUCCUGCAGUCCUAAGUAAAAUCUCCCACUAACCUUGUUUCUCUUGCAGCACAUUCUAGGUGUUUCAAUUACCAAAGUGGUACUUUGAGGUUAGCAGGAGAUUCUCUCAAGCAAGGGCUUCAGGAGUGGGCUGUUUGGCAGCUGCAGGCAUUUCAGCAGGAAAGUGCCUGACCUCAAACAUUAACAUGGACAUGCUUCUGAUUCUCUUUUUCUCUGCCCAUGCCUUGUAAUAAUCAUAUGAUGCUGCUUUAUCUUCAGCAAUCAUGUGUUAAAAAAAAAUACAGUUUUCAGGCAAAUUUUUUCAAAAGGACAAAAUUGACAAAUGCGUAACACCACUGGAUUUUCAACAUGUCUAUUUAAUGAAUGCAUCCAAAUGCACUUAAACAUUAACUGCACCCUACGCUUCAAUCUACAAACCCUCUAUCUUGAAUAAAAGAAAUAAUAAUGGAAUGUUCUCCCUCACAAAUACUCUUCCUCUCUCUAUCUAACAAAACCCACCUCUGGAAAGAGACUUAUUGACAUUCGUCUCAUUUUAAUCAAGUACCAGAAAAGCUACACUUUUCCUGUUUAAUGAGGGCUUGCAUAGCAUUUGGUGGAUCAUUCCAAGGGCAUCCAAAAGGAGGAACAAAGGAAAAUCUUUUCUGCUUGGAACUAAGCUAACAAUAGGAAGACUCUUUUUACCACUUUGUACCAGAGUUCAAGAGAUCUUUCUUCUUGGAUACCACUGCAACCUUUUGACAUGUCAGUAUCAGGGCUGAAUCUCUGAAUCAAGAUGCAUCAAAGCCUUCAUUCACCACUAUCGCUUUAUUUCUGCACCUAGAUUAAAGUCUCUCGGUCUUUAUGAGUGUCUCUAGGCUUCAGACAGAGCUAAUCACUGGACUACCUAAGCAUGCAAAGAGAAGAUGAAUCUGCCAUGUUAAUGUUUCUCCCUCUCUGUAUCUGAGAACAAACUCCAUUUAACAAGAGAUUAUGGCACUUUCGGUAGCCUUAUACACAUGAGGAACCAUAUUAGAAUCUUUUUCCUACCUGAAUAGAUUGUCGGUGCUGGCUCAAAAAUUAUGCUUAUGUCCUGAAAUAAAGGAGCAACAAUAAUAUAUUAGAUUUUUUACAAUGUCAUGAAAAAGUAGAAGAGCUGCAAAAUUGGAUGUCAUUUUUUAAACAGUUAAUUAUGUUUAAUGUUUUUUUCAGCCAAGCUUACUGUUUUUAUAACAUAGCACUUAUUUCUACCUAGCUAUUUGGGUCACUAUAACAUUUAUUUCAGUCCAAGUUUGUAGACAUACAAUGCUGCCUAGAGUUGGAAAGGCGGCGAAUUGUUGAUUUUCAUUUUGUAACGUGCACGAAACUUCUUGUGCAAAAAUCAUUUCACUUGAAAAGAGUAUCUGCUGUUAAAACACAAAUUGGUUAUAACAAUCAGUGAGAGGAGUUUAUUAGCAAGACAAAGGUCUCAUUUGUUGUGCACUUGCUAAUUGAACCCUCAUCUGUACACCUCACGUAUGUGCUUUCGCAAUAUGCCUAUGUGCAUUUCUUAAUGUACAUUUUGUUCAGUAGCUGUAGGUCUGAAGAUUAAAACAAAGGGAAAUGAGCUGAAUUUCCUACUGGGAAUUGAGGAAAUUUAGGUAAGAGAGGAACACUGGCUAAUACACAUUCCAGUCCUUGUUCUCAUCUCACUUACAGUCUUGUAAAUCAAAGAGCAACUCCAUUAAUAGAAUAGUUUGAGAUUCAGUUAAUCCUGUUUAGAUGAAGUUUUUCAUCUAAACCUCCCCAUAUAUUGCUUUUACUCCUCUGCUGUGAACAGUAAAGCAGCGGUACUUGUCACAGGAUCAUUGAGUAUUUAUAUUACUGAAAAUCUGUCUUUUGUGACAUAUAGAGAAACGUAUAGCUUAGGUGCUUCCCACAGAAGAGACACUUUCUUUAACAACCAUUAUAACGUGUCUUUAAGGCACUCAGUAUAAUUUGCUUCAACCUUUAUUUGAAAGGGUUGUGGCCUGUAGUCAAAUAACUUGUCCUGGUCUCUUACUUGGUCGAUUAAGUUAGAGACUGCUAUAAUACAAAGUUUAUUUAUUAAAUUAUGCACUUACAAUCAGUUUGGAGGGUCCUAGCUUAAAAGUUUUAUUACUAUCAAAAUACAGAAACAUGUUCUAUUAACAACUUUUACAUCAUCCAUCUUUCCUUUGCAAAGACCUCCCUGUCUGAAAUGCUGAGAAAGCCACCGAUUUUCUUCUCAAUUGCUACUAAUAUACUCAGCCGCUUGAAAUAGCAGAAUUUUGUACACAAACAAUUUUACGUCACUGUUAAAGGCUAAUUUCCCUUCUGAAUGGGUUUAGUAAUGCUUUAUUUAUUUAAGCAAAGAAAAAUCAAAUAAAUUAUGUUAAAGUCACAUCACCUUGAGAACGCUAAGUCUAAGGUAAAACUCUGAUCCUGUCUUCCCUUUGUUACAUCUCUAGACACUCAGUUGUCUGAGAGUUAUACUGUUCAAUGCUAACAAAAAUAACUAAAACAGCAAUUAUUUUCUUUCGAUGAACUCAUGAUCUAUAAUCCUUAGAAUUAGCAUGCAAGAUACAUUAGAAAUUAUCGUUAUAACUGCUCCAUUUAAAGCAGAUAUAGCUGACUAUUUCACUAUGUAAAGCACAUAACCCAUUGACUAAACUGUCAACUCACAUCAAGAGACGCUGGUUGAUUUGUAUUUGCCCAAAUGAAAUGGAUACACUCAUAUGCUCUCAGUGGAAAGUUACUAGUUGCACAAUUGCUCUGUGUGUGUAUAUAUGUAGAUAUAUAGAGAUAUACACAUACAUAUAAUAAAAGAUAUAUAAAAUAUAUGCAGAUAGAGGGAGAUUAAUACAACACGGGGACUUGGAAUAAGUGGUUUAAUUCAAUGAAUUAUAGAUGAAUACAUGAGUUAAGGGACAGCAUGGGUUAUGUGUGUUAUACCAGCGUGAUUUAAAGAAAAAAAGCCAAACCACACAUACUAAACAGCAGGUUUAUCCCAACUCUCAUACUGUAUUUAUGUUACCUUUAACUGUCCCCUCUUAACACAAUUAUAUCACCCGAAGACAAGCAGACUUAUUUACUGACUCAUUUUCACUUGUCUGUGUAUCAGCAGGUCACCAGAAAGGUAAGGGUUCAUAGCCAGAAUUCUGCACUACUGUGCUUUCAGUGGGACAGCUAUUUGGGAAAGUUUCAUCCAUCUUUUGACUAUUACAAUCCUCCUCUGCAUCAGCAAAUGGCUGUAUUUGAUGAUUUGGGAUUAAAGUGAACAUAGUCUAAAGACAGACUGUAUGUAUGUGCAUACACAGCCCGUCAGACACUUUAGAAUAAGAGCAUGUCUGGUGGGCUGUGACAGUGAAUUCAGUACAAACAAGUUGUGUUGUUACCACCAUUUCAGAUGGAACCCUCCUGUAAAAACCACAUUUGCCCUAUAACAAACUCUGUCUCUUUAAGUUACGACUAAUUUUUUUUUAUUAUUAUUCUCUUUCUUUUAUUAUAAUUCAGGCAAGGAGGAAAAUAUUUUUUUAUUUUAAAAGUACAUAAUUCAGCUACUUUUCCAGGUAUUUUUUUUUCUUUGGGCCCUAGUUGCUGAAUCGCUUGCUGUUUCUGAGGUGUAAAUAAACAUUUUGAUUUAUGACGUGGUUGCAAAGAAACUUGUAAUUUAUUUGUGAA